GAUGACAAGUGUAGCCUGCCAUCAUGGGGAAACGCUUGACAGCGCUGCUUUUGAUACUGCUGCAGUCCUUAUGCAGCUGCAGAGGAAACCAAAGGAGGGUGCCGGCAAUACGGUUCACGCACUUCCUGUAUAACACCACUAUAUACGAAAACUCUGCCGCAAAGACCUACUUGGAGAGCCGGGUCAAAAUGGGCGUCCACGUCAGGGACCCGGCCUCGGAAGUGCGGUACAAAAUCAUUUCUGGAGAUACAGAGAGCUUGUUCAAGGCCGAAGAGCACGUUUUGGGAGAUUUCUGUUUCUUGCGGAUAAGGACAAAAGGAGGCAGUUCGGCCAUCCUCAACAGGGAAGUAAAGGAUCGCUACCUGCUCACAGUAAAGGCGCUGGAGAGGGGCUCCGGUGCAGAAGCCCGGGCGAGGGUCAGGGUGCAAGUUCUCGACACGAACGACCUGAGGCCGCUGUUCUCGCCGACCUCCUACAGCGUCCACCUCCCCGAAAACACGGCCGUGAGGAGCAGCGUCGCCAGGGUCACCGCCACGGACGCCGACGUCGGCACGAACGGGGAGUACUAUUACAGCUUUCGGGACUGGACCGACGUGUUCGCCGUCCACCCGACCAGCGGCGUCGUGACUCUGGCGAGCAGGCUGGAUUAUUCCGAGACGCGGCUCUACGAGCUGGAGGUCCUGGCGGUCGACCGGGGCUUGAAGCUGUACGGGAGCAGCGGCGUCAGCAGCACGGCUAAGCUGACGGUCAGGGUGGAGCAGGCUAACGAACACGCGCCCGUCAUCGCGGCGGUAGCGUCAGGCCCUGCGCCGACUGACCGAGAUCCCACUUACGCCAUUGUGACGGUAGACGAUGGCGACCAAGGGGCCAAUGGUGAAAUAGCCUCGUUGAGUAUUGUGGCAGGAGAUCCGCUGCAGCAGUUUAAGACCGUAAGGACCAGUCCCGGCAGCAAGGAGUAUAAGAUUAAAGCAUCGCAUGGUGUGGACUGGGACGGUCAGCCUUACGGGUACAAUCUUACACUGCAAGCCAAAGAUAAAGGAAGCCCGCCCCAGUUUUCGGCUGUCAAAGUCAUUCACGUGACACCCCCUCAGUUAAAACUGCCACCUCCUGAAUUUGAAAAGAGUCUUUAUCAGGUAAAACUGAGCGAAUUUGCUCCUCCCCAUACGCCCGUUGUAAUGGUCAGGGCCGUGCCAAAGCACCCCCAUAUAAAGUACAUUCUAAAACACAAAACGGAGAAAAACAUGUUCACCCUGAACCCAGAAACAGGGCUGAUUACCACAGCCGGGCGACUCCAGGCGGAGGACGCUUCCAAGUUUGAGUUGGAAGUUGGCACUAGCGAUGGAAGCGCGGCGACCAAGGUCGUCGUUGACGUGAUUGACACGAACAACAACGCCCCCGAGUUCCUCCAGGCGUCCUACAAGGCCAGCGUGGACGAGCACGUGCCGAUCGGCACGGAGGUGCUGACCGUCAGCGCCAGGGACGCGGACGGCGGCGAGAACGGCUUUGUCACCUACAGCGUCGCCAGCGGCAACCCGCACCCUUUCGCCGUCGACCACUUCACCGGCGUCGUCAGCACCGCGCGGGACCUGGACUACGAGCUCAUGCCGCGGAUCUACAGCCUGCGGGUCCGGGCCUCGGACUGGGGCUCGCCGUUUCGCCGGGAGGCGGAGGCCUCGGUCACCGUCACGCUCAACAACCUGAACGACAACGAGCCGCUGUUCGAGAGCGUCGACUGCAGGGCGGCCGUGCCGAGGGACCUCGCGGCCGACAAGCCGGUGGCGACGGUGUCCGCCAUCGACGCCGACGAGCUGCAGCUGGUGCGGUACGAAAUAAAGUCUGGCAACGACCGCAGACUCUUCGAUUUGAACCCGAACUCCGGCGUGCUGUCACUGCAGCGGUCCUUAGGCGAUGGCCAGGGACCGCAACUUUAUUUCCAUUCCUUACAAAUCACUGCCAGUGAUGGAGAAUACGUGACUCCACCAAUGAUUAUGAACAUCACGGUCGGCGCUCCUGGUACUGGUGUGCACUUGAAAUGUGUUGACACAGGGGUGGCUAAAAUGCUAGCCAAAAAGUUGCUUCAGGGCACUAAUAUUCACAGUCACAUGGAACCUGAAAAUAACUUCAUAGACGUUCAUUCGGUUAACCGGCACGCGCCACAGUUAAAGGACACUUUUCCCGGGGUAAUUGAUGUGAAAGAAGACCUUCCCGUCGGUGCCAGGGUUGCUCUCAUAGAUGCCACAGAUCCUGAUAGCGGCUUUAAUGGAAAAUUGGUUUUUGUGAUUUCUGGAGGAGAUACAGAGAGCCGAUUUGUCAUUGAAAUGGACACGGGUUGGCUGAAGGUCCAUGCGCCGCUCGACAGAGAAACAACCAGUCAUUAUACUUUGAACAUCACGGUGUACGAUCUGGGAAUACCUCAGAAGUCAAUAUCGCGUCUCCUGGACGUUAAUAUAAUCGACUCGAACGAUAACAGCCCGGAGUUCCUGCAGGAUAGUUACUCUGUGACAAUUAGUGAAGACGCGGCGGUGGGUACUGACAUAAUCCAGGUCGAGGCCACAGAUAAAGACUUGGGCGUCAACGGGAAGGUGCGAUACUCUCUCGUGGCCAACACGGACAUGUUCUCCAUCGACAAGGAGACUGGCGUCGUGAAGGUGAAAAGUCCGUUGGACCGCGAGGCGCACCCCGUGCUCGUCCUGAAGGUCGCGGCCCGCGAUCAGGCCGCGGACGAACCCCAGCUCGUGUCGACCGUGUCGCUGAGGGUCACGUUGGAGGACGUCAACGACAACCCGCCGCGGUUUUUCCCCCCGAAGUACCGCGUGAGGGUGCGGGAAGAUCUCCCGGUGGGCACGGUGGUCGCCUGGCUGGAGGCCCACGAUCCCGACGACGGCCACUCGGGGCAGGUGCGCUACGGCCUGGCGGACGGCGGGGACGGCGACUUCGUCGUGGACAAGCUGAGCGGCGCCGUGCGGAUCGCGCGGAGCCUGGAUUACGAGACCAAGCAGGUUUACAAUUUGACGGCGAGGGCGAAGGACAAAGGGAGGCCGGUCUCUUUGUCCUCCACCGCUUGCGUGGAGCUGGAGGUUGUGGAUGUGAACGAGAACCUGUAUCGCCCUUGGUUCCCUUCCUUUGCGGUUAAGGGCUCUGUGAAGGAGGAUGCCGCCAUUGGCGCGUCGGUUAUGAGAGUCACCGCGAAGGAUGAAGACAAAGGGCGAGAUGGAGAAAUCAGGUACUCCAUCCGGGAUGGGUCAGGCCUUGGAAUAUUCACUAUUGAUGAAGAGAGUGGCGUCAUACGAACAGAGGAGCUCUUGGACCACGAGACCGCCCCGCAUUAUUGGCUGACCGUCUACGCCACCGACAGAGGCGCGGUGCCCCUCUCGUCCUUCGUCGAGGUCUUCGUCGAGGUGGAGGACGUCAACGACAACGCCCCGCAGACCUCGGAGCCGGUCUACUACCCGUCCGUCGCGGAGAACUCGCCGAAGGACGUGUCCGUCAUCCGCGUCGAGGCCUUCGACCCGGACACCAGGUCCGGCGACAGGCUCUCCUACAGGAUCACCAGCGGGAAUCCGCAGGGGUUCUUCGCCAUCAAUCCCAAGACGGGUUUGGUCACAACUACUUCAAGAAGACUGGACAGAGAACAGCAGGAGGAACAUAUUCUGGAGAUCACGGUGACGGACGACGGCGUCCCCCCGAAGUCCGCCGCGGUGCGAGUGAUCGUCGCGGUGCUGGACGAGAACGACAACGAGCCUCGGUUCCUGGAGAAGGUCUACAAAAUCAAGCUCCCGGAGAGAGGCGCGGGCGAGCGGGAGGGCGAGCGAGAGGGGGAGGGCGGGACGGCGGCCGGAGUCGCCGCGGGAGGGCCCGUUUACAGGGUCGUGGCUUCGGACCGGGACAAGGGUCCCAACGCCGAAAUAUCCUACAGCCUGGAGGCGGGGGACGAGCGCGGAAAGUUCCUCAUCGAACCCGAGACGGGGCUGGUGUCUACCAAUAAGUUCUCCUCUGCUGGAGAGUAUGACAUUCUCUCGAUAAAAGCCGUGGACAACGGCUACCCUCAGAAGUCCGCCUCCUGCCGGCUUCACAUCGAGUGGAUCCCGCGGCCGACGCCGUCCGCCAGGCCACUGAACUUCGACGAGUCGUCCUUCAGCUUCUCCGUCAUGGAGAGCGACCCCGUGUCGCACAUGGUGGGGGUCGUCACCACCGAGCCGACGGACACGCCCGUCUGGUUCGAGAUCACAGGAGACACGCAGGCUAAAGAAAUGUUUCACAUCGUUCAGAUGGCUUGUGACCUGAACUGUACAGCAGAAGGUGGUAAUUUUGACAGCCGUUUUGAUGUGGACAAGGGCAGCGGAACGAUCAUUGUGGCCAGACCCCUCGAUGCAGAACAGAAAUCAAAUUACAACCUGACAGUGGAGGCAACAGAUGGGACAAACUCUGUCAGCACCCAGGUGUCCGUCCGAGUGAUCGAUACGAACAACCACCGACCGCUGUUCUCCCAGCCCAAGUACCAGAUCGGCGUCCCGGAGGACACGCCGCCCGGAACAGAGAUCCUGCGGCUCGACGCCAGCGACGGGGACGAGAAGGACAAGAUGGCGUACACGCUGCUGAGCAGCACCGACCCGUUCAGCCUGCGCAAGUUCCGGCUGGACCCGGGGACGGGCCGGCUCUACACCGCCGAGAGCCUGGACCACGAGACCAUGCGGCGCCACACGCUCACCGUCAUGGUGCGCGAUCAGGACGUUCCCGUGAAGCGCAACCUGGCGAGGGUGAUCGUUAACGUGGGGGACGCCAACGACAACGCGCCGCGCUUCACCAGCACGUCCUACUCCGCGCGCGUGCUGGCGUCCGCCGCGCCGGGCUCGCUCGUGCUCCAGGUCACCGCUCGCGACAAAGACAAGGGCCAGAACGCCGAGAUACUCUACACCAUAGAGUCCGGAAAUGUGGGGAAUUCCUUCGCCAUCGAUCCCGUUUUGGGCACCGUGACUGUGGCGAAGGAGCUGGAUGGCGACAGCGAGUUCGAGCUGGUCGUGAGGGCGUCGGACAAAGGCCUGCCCCCCCUCAGCGCCCUGACGACGGCCCGCGUCGCCGUCGCCGCCUCCGAUAACGCCAGGCCCGAGUUCGCCGAGCGCGAGCUCUGGGCCGAGGUCAGCGAGGCGGCGGCCGCGGGGAGCUUCGUGAGCGUGGUCGCCGCCGCCAGCCGGUCGUCCGUCUCCUACCGAAUCAGAGAGGGGAACGCGAACGGCGCUUUCGACAUCAACCCCGCCUCCGGCGUGGUCGUGACUCGAGGGGCCCUGGACUACGAGACUCGGCCUCAGUACAGGCUGACCGUGCAGGGCACCGACAUGGCGGGGAUGGCGAGCAACGCCACGCUGCUCGUGCGCCUGGUGGACGAGAACGACAACGCCCCCGUCUUCGCCCGGGCGGAGUUCGCGGGCGUGGUCAGCGAAUCGGCUCCUCCGAACAGCGUGGUUUUGACCCGGGACCAAACCCCGCUGGUCGUACGGGCCUCGGACGCCGACCAAGAUCUGAACGCCCGGCUGGUUUACGAAAUCGUCGAGCCGUCCGCCCGCCGGUACUUCGCGGUCGAUUCCGGCACCGGAGCCGUGCGGACAGUCGCCGGCCUGGACUAUGAACAGAGGAACGGUUUCCGGUUCGCCGUGCAGGUCCACGAUUUGGGAACGCCACGCCUGUUUGCCGAGACGGCCGCCAACGUCACGGUCCGAGUUCUGGACGUUAACGACUGCCCCCCGCGGUUCGGCCGGGACCUGUACGAGGCAUCGAUCCUGGCGCCCACGUACCGAGGGGUGAAAGUAAUUACGGUAAACGCCACAGACGCGGACAGCGGCGGACGUUCCGAGCUGCUUUUCUCCAUUUCGAAGGGCAACGAGGGAGCCAGGUUUCGGAUGGAUCCCGUCUCGGGCGCCAUCUUGGUGGAGAACGCCACGCAGCUGCGGGGCGGGUAUGAGCUGACCCUGAGGGUCUCCGAUGGGCGGUUCGUCGGCACUGCGACGGUGAGGAUUACCGUGAGGGAGAACAAAAACGGCACUGUGAGGUUCACCCAGGACUCGUAUGCCGCCCGCGUUCCGGAACACUCGUCCGAAAAGAGAACGCUCGCCGUGGUCGCCGUUCUGGGGAGCCCCAUCAACGAACCCCUGUUUUACGCCAUUCUGAAUCCGGACCGGCGGUUUGCGAUCGGGCGCACUUCGGGGGUGCUGUCCACCACGGGCGUGCCCUUCGACCGCGAGGAGCAGGACGAGUUUGACGUGGUCGUGGAAGCGGCGAAGGAACAGCAGUCGUCCGGGUUCGCUCACGUCUUGGUGAAAGUGACCGUGGAGGACGUGAAUGACAACAGGCCCGUGUUUGUUAACCUGCCCUAUCCAGUGUCUCAGGUGCAGAGGGAGGCCGCGGUGGGUCAUGUCAUCAGACAGGUCACCGCUGUGGACAGAGAUACCGGCACUAACGGCGAGGUACACUACAGCUUGCGGGAUCACCAGGAGUAUUUUAAUAUAAGCUCAUCGGGUGAAAUUUAUCUAAAAAAGCCGUUCGAGCUGGAUGUGCUGAGCUCCGAGUUUGUGAUUAACGUAGAGGCCGAAGACGGCGGAGAACCGUCGCUUUCGUCUACGGUGGAAGUGAAGGUCGCCGUGGUGGACAAGGCCGUGCCGGUGUUCGAAAAGCCGUUUUAUAGCAUUGAAAUCCCAGAGAACGUACAGUUACGUGCUCCAGUGGUGCAUGUCCAAGCCAGUGGCUCCGAGGGUCCUCACGUAGGGUACAGCAUCAGCGAAGGGGACCCGUUCCGGCAGUUUUCCAUCGACUUCAGCACAGGGGUCCUGCAUGUCGUUCAGCCGCUGGACUACGAGACCCAUCCUGCCUAUAAGCUGAGCGUGAGAGCGACGGACUUGCUGACGGGCGCGCACGCCGAGGUUUUUGUGGACAUCAUACUGGAGGAUGUCAACGACAACCCCCCGGUGUUUGGAGCGGAGGUCUACGCUGCCAGUCUGUCCGAAGCCUCUGUGAUCGGCACGUCAGUGCUGCGGGUAACGGCCUCCGACGCUGAUUCCGGCGGCACCGGAGCGCUCUUCUAUCAGCUCGUCGAAGACGGCGGUGAGAAUUUCGACUGCUUCGGCAUCGAUCGCGACAGCGGGGUCAUCUGGACGGCCUGCGCGUUGGACCGCGAGGAAACUGCGCGGCACAAGUUGGUGGUGAGAGCCGUCGACGACGGCGUGCCCGCCCUGUCCAGCGACGCGGCCGUGCUGAUCGACGUGACCGACCUGAACGACAACGCGCCGGUCUUCACUCACCGUGCGUACGAGGCCAGCGUCAGCGAGCUCGCCCCGGGCGGGCACUUCGUCACGCGCGUGCAGGCCUCCGACGCGGACAGCUCGGACGCCGGCAAACUGGAGUACUCCCUGCUCUCCGGAAACGAGGACGGCAGCUUCGCCAUCGACGGAAAGAGCGGGCUGAUUACCGUUUCGACCCACCGCAGAACGCCGAUGCUGCCGCUGUACAACCUGAACGUCUCCGUGUCCGACGGAGUCUUCCGGAGCUCGGCCGCCGUCAGGCUUAGGGUCGUCGGCGCAAACUCGCACGGCCCCGCCUUCCCUCAGACGGACUACGUGGUCGAGCUUUCCGAGAGCGCGCCCGCGGGCACGCUGGUCGCAGAAAUCAAAGCCACGGACGAGGAUGCCGGAACUUUCGGCCGAGUGGCGUACUACAUCGUCAGCGGCUUCGCCAAAGAGAAAUUUUCCGUUAAUGAAGCUGGGCAGAUUUUCACUGUGGAGAGAGUCGAUCGGGAAAGGCCUACCGAGAAAAUUAUUCCCAUAAGCUUGAUGGCCAAAGAUGGCGGUGGAAAGGUUGCCUUUUGCACCGUCAGUGUGGUCCUGACUGACGUCAACGACAACGCUCCGGAGUUCCUGGCUGUCGAAUACAGGGCGAGCGUGGCAUCGGACGUCCCGCGGGGAACCAUAGUCGUCAAAAUUACAGCCACGGACAUGGACGAAGGAUCGAACGCUGACGUUACCUACUCCAUCCAGGCAGACGAUGGUGGCAACAUUGAGGAAAACUUUGAAAUACACCCGUUCAGCGGCGUGGUCAUAACUAAAGAAAGCCUAACUGGCCUGGAAAAUGACCUGUGUGUUUUCUAUGUGAGGGCCAAAGAUGCUGGAAAUCCAGCUAGGCACUCUGUUGUGCCUGUUUCUGUUAAAGUACUACCCCCCGAAGUGCCUGUGCUAAAGUUUGUGGAACCACAUUACAGGUUUACGGUUGCUGAAGAUCUCCCUAUUGGAUCAGAGAUAGGUGUUAUCCAGGCUGAGAGCGAGCAUGCUGUGGUUUAUUCUCUUGUCAAGGGAAAUACUCUGGAGGGCAACCGGGAUGAGGUGUUUGUCAUUGACAGAGACACGGGGACGCUAAAACUGGAGAAAGGACUUGACUAUGAGACAACCAAAUGGUACCAGCUGACACUGCUGGCCCAAAUAAGCUAUGAAGGAGAUGACAUCACAACCGCCAUGGAUAUAAACAUCCUGAUAAAGGACGUCAACGACAACAGGCCUCAGUUUGAGUCCGACCCGUACGAGGCCUUUGUUGCAGAGAACCUGCCGGAGGGGACUUUGGUGAUCCCGGUGAAAGCCGUCGACCUCGACGCCGGCAGCAAUGGCCUGGUCUCGUACAGCCUCGAUCAGAACCAGGAGACCGAGGACAUCGCCGAGCUCUUCGCCGUCGACAGCGAAACGGGCCGGGUCACGACGCUGAGGCCGCUGGACCGCGAGACGCGGUCCGCGUACGCCGUGGCCGUGGUCGCCACCGACCUGGGGGAGGAGGGGCGGCUGUCGGCCUCCGCGACGGUGCGGGUCACGGUGGCGGACGCGAACGACUGCCCGCCGCGCUUCACGGCCGAACUCUACAGGGGGACGGUGAGCGAGGACGACCCUCUCCCCAGCGGGGUGGUCGCCAUCCUGAGCACCACGGACGCCGACUCCGACGAAGUCAACAGACAAGUCAGCUACUACAUCACAGACGGGGACCCACUGGGACAGUUUGGCAUUGAGCACGUACAGAAAGACUGGAAGGUCUCAGUGAGGAAGCCCCUGGACCGGGAGGAGAGGGACAAUUAUCUCCUAAAUAUCACGGCCACCGACGGAACCUUUGUGGCCAGGGGCGCCGUGGAGGUGAAGGUCCUGGACGCGAACGACAACAGCCCCGUUUGCGGGAAGACCCUCUACGCUGAAACCGUACCCGAGGAUGCCCCCCCUGGACAGCUGAUCUUGGAAAUCUCGGCCACUGAUGCAGACAUACGUUCCAAUGCGGAAAUCUCUUACAAGCUCUUCGGUGCAGGAGCGGAACUGUUCAGCCUCGACUCCCAUACAGGCGAGCUGAGAACGCUCCUGCCGCUGGACCGGGAGGAGCGGGACGCGUACGAGCUGCGGGCGCGAGCGCUGGACGGGGGCGGGCGCCACUGCGAGUCCCGCGUCAGGAUCGCCGUGGGCGACGUCAACGACAACGCGCCGCGGUUUGCGUCCGAAACCUUCGCCGUCUCCGUCUUCCAGGACACCGAGGUUCACACCUUCGUAGCUCGGCUGCAGGCCAGCGAUGCCGAUUUGGGUUCGAACGGCGAUAUCCUGUACUCGUUUGUGGACUCGGCGGAUGGGCGGUUCUCCAUCGACGAGCGGUCGGGGAUCAUCAGCCUGGAGAAGCCGCUGGACCGGCGGGCGCGAGCCGCCUUCACGCUCCGGGCCCAGGCCGUGGACCAGGGCGCCCCCCGCAGGCUGUCCUCGGCCUGCGCGGUGGCGGUGUCCGUGCUGGACGUGGGCGACGCCCCCCCGGCGUUCGAGCGGCGGGAGUACGCCGCCGCGGUGCCCGAGGACGUGGCGGCGGGGACCCUGGUGCUGCGCGUCUUCGCCGUCGCCAGGGACGCCCAGCCCAAGGCCGAGGUCUCCUACGCCGUCGUCGCCGGCAACGAGGGCGGGGCCUUCAGCGUCGACUCGCGCACAGGCGACAUCUUUGUGAUCGGGAGUCUGGAUUACGAAAGCACGCGGGAGUACUAUCUGACCGUGGAGGCCACGGACGCACGCACGCCGUCCCUCAGCGACGCGGCCACGGUCACCAUCAACGUGACCGACGUCAACGACAACAGUCCCGCGUUCAGCCAGUCCGCGUACGCCGCCGUCGUCGGGGAAGACUGCGAUCCGGGGAAGACCGUCGUCGCUGUCGUGGCCGAGGACGCCGACGGGCCGCCCGGCAACCGCGUCCGUUACUCCAUCGUCGGCGGCAACCAGGGCGGCCCCUUCACCAUCGACGCGGUCAAAGGCGAGGUCAAGGUCGCUCGGCAACUAGACAGAGAGAAGAUAUCGGGGUACACCCUGACCGUGCAGGCCUCGGACAGCGGAAGCCCUCCCAAAUCCAGCAGCGCCACGGUCAACAUCGACGUGUCCGACGUGAACGAUAAUCCCCCGGUCUUCUCCCAGGCCAACUACAGCCUCGUCGUCCAGGAGACCCGCCCUGUGGGGACCGUCGUGCUCCAGCUCGCCGUGACGGACAGGGACGCCUCCCACAACGGGCCCCCUUUCUCCUUCACCAUCGUCGGGGGCAACGAGGGAAACGCCUUCCAGAUCGACCAGGAGGGGGCGCUGCUCACCGCGGCGCGGCUCGACCGGAAGAGGACGGAGCACUACUCGCUGCGGGUGGAGGUGGCGGACAGCGGCAAGCCGCCGCUGGUCUCGUCGGCGCCCGUCAGCGUCCGGGUCAUCGAGGAGAGCGUGUACCCCCCUGCCGUGCUCCCGCUGGACGUGUUCGUGACCACGCAGGGGGAGGGGUACGCGGGCGGGGUCCUGGGGAAGAUCCACGCCACGGACCAGGACGUCUACGACACGCUGACGUACAGCCUGGCGCCCGGGUCCCGCGGGCCCUUCGCCGUCUCCCCCGGCGACGGCAGGCUGGUGGCGGCCGGGCCGCUGGACGAGGGCCGCUACGCGCUCAACGUGACGGUCACGGACGGGCGCUUCGCCGCGUGGGCCCCCGUGAGCGUGCACGUGCGGCGGGUGACGCGGCGGGCGCUGGACGGCUCGGUGGGCGUGCGGCUCGCCGGCGUCACCCCCGAGGAGUUCGUGGGCGACCACUGGCGCGACUUCCUGCGGGCGCUGCGCGGCGCGGCGGGCCUGCGGCGGGCCGACGUCCUGGUGGUCAGCCUGCAGCCGGUCGGCCCGCCCGCGGCCCUCGACGUCCUCCUCGCCCUGUCGGGAGGCCCCGCCCACUCGGGCGCGGCGGCCGUGUUCCGGAAGCUGAACGCCUCGGCGGGUGUCGUCGAGGAGAUGACGGGGCUGCGCGUCGUCCGCGUCGUCGACAAGCUGUGCGCCGGCCUGGACUGCCCGCGCCGCUUCUGCGACGAGGUCAUCGCCCUGGACACGGGCGCCAUGGCGACGCACAGCGCGGCCAGGCUGAGCUUCGUCACCCCCCGCCACCGCAGGUCCGCCGUGUGCCUCUGCAAAGGUGGUAAAUGUCCUGUGUUGGACACGCUGUGCGAGGGUCACCCAUGUCCUGAGGAGAGUGUGUGCAUACCCAAUCAGCAGGAAGCAACCUACACCUGUGCGUGUCCAGAUGGUAAACCUGGGAAGUGCUCAGCGGGGCCCUCGCUGACGUUUGGCGGGGAGGGCUAUGUCAAGUACCGGCUGACGGAGAACGACAACAAGGAGGAGCUGAAGCUGUCCCUGCGGCUGAGGACCUUCUCCAGCCACGCUACGCUGAUGUACGCCCGGGGAACCGACUACAGCAUUCUGGAGGUGCAGAAUGGUAGGCUCCAGUACCGGUUUGACUGCGGCAGCGGGCCCGGGCUGGUCUCCGUGCACAGCGUCCAGCUUAACGACGGGGCCUGGCACUCCGUCUCCCUGGAGGUCAGCGGGAACUACGCCAGGCUGGCGCUGGACGGGCUCCACGCGGCCUCGGGCACCGCCCCGGGCACCCUCCGCACCCUCAACCUGGACGACGCCAUCUUCUUCGGCGGCGGGCACGUCCGCCAGCUCGCCCUGGGGCAGGGGGGCAGGCGCGGACGCAGCCCCCCCGUCGCCGGCGGUUUCCGCGGCUGCAUGCGGGCCCUGGUGCUCAACGGGCAGGAGCUCCCCCUCAGCGCCAAGAGCCACGCCCACAGCCACGCCCACGCCGCGCUGGCGGACGCGGUGGGCGUGUCCCCUGGCUGCGCCAUGGCCCCGCCCCUGGGUUGCCAUGGCAACCCCUGCACCAAUGGCGGGACCUGCUCGUCGCUGCCCGACGGAGGUUAUUUCUGUGCCUGCAGUGCCUUAUUCAUGGGACCUCGCUGUGAAAUUGGCAAAACCCCUUGCGCCUCGAACCCCUGUCUGUACGGCGGGACCUGUGUUCCACGCGGUGGAGACUUUUACUGCCAGUGCAGGGGGCAGUACUCCGGACAGAGGUGUCAGCUGGGACCGUACUGUAAAGACAGCCCCUGCAAGAACAGCGGGAAGUGCAUCGAGAGCUUGGACGGACCUGUCUGCGAGUGCGAGCAGGGUUUCCAAGGCGACAGGUGCCUCGGCGACGUGGACGAGUGCCUGGGGGGCCCGUGCGCCAACGGCGGGCGCUGCGAGAACACCUACGGCUCCUACCGCUGCAACUGCUCCCGCGGCUUCGGCGGGAAGCUCUGCCAGCUCGAGUCCGCCGUCGGGAACCAGCUGGUGUCCACCCCCUGGAACAUCGGCGCGGAGGAGGUCGUCGGGAUCGUCGUCUUCGUGCUGAGCGUCUUCGUCCUGGCGCUGCUCUUCGUGGUCGCGCGCAGGAGGUGCUCGCGGCCCGGCGGCAAGCCCGAGCCGGAGGAGGACAAGCACCGGCUGGGGAACGCCUUCCUGCGCGGGCCUUACCUGGACCCCAGAGUCAGCCGGAACAUCUACUCGGACGUCCCGCCCCAGGUCCCCGUCCGGCCCGCGUCCUACACCCCCAGCGUGCCCAGCGACUCGCGGAACAACCUGGACCGCAACUCCUUCGAGGGGUCGGUGAUCCCCGAGCACCCGGAGUUCAGCACCUUCAGCCGGGACCCCGCCCGCUCCCACCGCAAGCCCGUGAUCGUGUGCAGCGUGGCCCCCAAUCUGCCCCCGCCCUCCUUCCCCGCCUCCGACAGCGACUCCGUACGGAAGCCCGCGUGGGACUACGAGUACGACGCUAACGUUGUGGAAUUAGAUCCUUGCCCGAAGAAAAAGCCAAGCAAGGACAACAACACCUGUCAGAGAAUCUCUGAUGUCCAUUCGCUCGGCUCCUUCCAGUCUGAGGCCUACGAUGAUAAUGGUUACCUUUGGGAUACGUCUGAUUGGAUGCCUAGUGUUCAUCUUCCUGGAAUCCAGGAGUUUCCACAGUACGGUCCUGUGGGAAGCCCCACCCCUUUGUACAGUGAUCCCACCAAUCUGGACACAGAUUACUAUCCGGGAGGCUAUGACUUUGAGAGUGACGUCCUGCCCCCGCCGAAAGACUUCCCCGCCCGCGAUGAGUUGCCCUCACUCCCGGAGCGGGGUGCCCAGUACGGGCCACUGCCGCCCCCCAGGGAAGUGUCCUCCCCCCCAAGUCCGUGCUCCUCCCCCCUCCACAGCCAGCAGCUGUACAGCCUCCACCAGUAUCUGCCCCAGUACCAGUACCCCACUGACCCCCCGCAGACUCGUCACCCCUCCGCAGGGGUCAAAGGUCACGGUGUUAGCUUCCUCACUUACCCCCUGGGCGGAGGGCGAGGUUUGGGGGCGCCCGAUGCGGAUGUCUGCGCCUCGGCGGCCUGUAGCUCGGACGCGUCGGACAUCACGGCGAGCGAUCGCGAAAGCGUGGAGGAGGAGGAGGAGGAGGAAGAGGAGCGGGGUCAUGUCGCCACACCAAGCUCCGCACCUUCUCUCACGCCGAAAAACUCCACGACGCAGCACACCCAAGUCUGACGCCGACACCAAACUUUUCAAGUGCCUCGACUGCACCGGCGCUACGUCCGCUAAAAACGCACACCGUUUCCCCCGCUGGGGGGGGGGGCAAAUGUGCCCCGCCCUGAUACACCGUGGGACGGCUGCUCUUUGCCUGCCACAGGAACGCACUGGAUCCCAUCGCACUGCAGACACACUGUCACAAAUGGCUGCGCUUAAAACAACCGUCAUGCAUAAUAAAAUCAAAAACAAAUGUACAAUGCAGGAACUCAAAAACAAAUGUACAACCUGCCUGUCUGUUCAAACACAUUGUUCCAACGAUGCAAGACACUUCUUUUUUUUUUUUUUAAAGCAAGUCCUCGGCCAUUUCAUGUAAACUGUACUGUACUGCUUUGAUCUCAGAGUUUACUGGAGUUUGUAGAUAUUUUAUGUUUUUUAUUUCCAAAAAAUACUGUACUUAUUACAGAAUCAGAAAAGAAGAAAUGUGUGUCAAACUUACGGUCUCAGAGUACCAGUAAAAUGUGCUGUUUUGCGGGGUCUUAAACAAGUGUGUGUACAUCCAUAAAUUUUGUUCGUAUGUAAAUAGCGACUUUUAUUUUUUCACCGCAAACAUGAGAACCAUUAUAUUUAUAGUGCAAAAUAAUUAAUGGGCACAUGAUUUUUCCAAGUGUCUGUGUGCAAGAUGGUCUUGAUGUGGAUUCUACUGGAUACUGCCACUAGCUCACUCUUUCCUACUGGCAAUAAAUUAUUCAUAAAAUGUG